AUGAUUCUACAGCGUCCUGUUUAUAUAAAGCGACACCAUCGUCUGAUUGGCUGGCCCGGGGCGCAGAUCUGCCUGAUACACUGCACCGCUGCACUUAAAUACCACGGCUGUUUUGAGGUUGAUAAACGGAACCGAGUGUUCACAGUGACCCCCGGGGAUGUCCGUCCCGAGGACCUCACACCAGCCAACUGUGCAACGAAAUGUGGUGUUUGGCUGUAUAAUUACUGCGGACUUGAGUACGGAAAGUUUUGUAGAUGUGGAAAAAAUCCACCUCCAGAAUCGAAGCGAUCAAACUCCUCAUGUGUAACUAAAUGUAUGGGCGACGCAUCCAAGACAUGUGGCGCGAAAGACUACAUGGAGGUUUAUACCACUUCUCCGCCAAUUGUUGGUUUGGCCCUGAACGCCUCGGCGGGAAUGGCAGAACCCGUGCUGACCUUCACAGAUAUCAAUCUAUCAAUUCACACCGACAGCGCCGGAUUGGACACCGCCUUUAGGAUGAACUAUGGCGAUGGGGCGGGAAGGACAGAUAAAAAUGCGACAGGCAUGUUACAACACAACUACGUCACACCGGGCACUAAAAAAAUCACUGUGUUCGCCAACGAUUACAACGAAACUUUAGUGGAAAAGGUAGUAGCGAUAACAAUAGAAGUUGUAGCGCCUAUAGAAGGGAUAAACCUAACCUGCCCAGACUAUAUGGCUUCGUACGAGACAGCACUGUGUACAUUAUGGAUAAUGAAAGGAUCUUUAAUCAAACUGAAGAUUGACCAAGACGUAGACAAAACAGAAAUUCUCUCACUCGCAGAUGCCAGUACUCGUGUCGUUGGUAUACCAAUACCAGCUGUUGGUCCUGCCAUUCCCGGGAGUUCUCCAGCUACUCAUAUCGUCGCUCAGGCGUCUGAAUUCGAAUAUCCGGGAAAAUUGUACGGGAUUGAAUUUUACGCGGAGGCAACAGGAUCCAUCUCUCUCAAGGUGUUAUGUCCUUCCUGUAACGAUUACUGCUUUGCUACCAAUAUAUGUGGAGGAACGUGUCCAGGUGUGAAUGACCAAGUUUGUUCCCUAUCCCAGCGAUAUUGUUUGUCCGGUCAUGCGUGUUGGAGUAGCGGCCCCUGUGUUAGUCCUUCUCGAUAUGAUGGGACCCAGCGUACAGACCUUUCAGAACUUUACUCCAAAACCCACACUAUAACUGCCACCGGAUAUCACUACCUACCUAUCACUGACGAUGUUGAUGUAACUCCCGGGUGCGUGCUGGGCUUCACGGGAGCCAAAUUGGGCGCUCGCUCUACCAAUGAUGCUACCUUAGCAGAUGUAAUCACCAGUAACUUCGCUGACAAGACUGCUGCAACUUCUGACUCGAAGAGGCACUUAUUACGGGGUUACACAUCACAAGGAACAACACUUGAGUAUUCAGUUAUGUUUUACACAUCCGGCACGAAAACUAUGACCUUUACUCUUCAGAACGAUGGAGUCUCUUCGUUGUCCCCAAUCGUCCUAACGAAGACCAUCAACUGCGUUGAAGGCGUGAAUGCAUCUGUGAUAACUAUCCCGAGUUAUGUCCCCGCGUUAGUUCCGGUUCUGCUUGAGACACAACAACACACGGGAACUUCGUUGACGUACUACUGGUCUAUAGAGAGUGAUGGAGUGGUCGCGCAGGUCAACACUACAAAUGAUAACGCCGACUAUUUCACAUUUGUCAGGGGGACUUUUUCAGUGUCUGUCAUAAUAGAGAAUAUAAGAAGUCGGAAGGAAAACGCGACAACCGUUAUAGCACAAGAACAGAUCCAGCACCUCGCGCUCACACAGACCAGUUGUGUCGUGGACGAGCUGUGCUGUAUCAAACUUUCUAUGUCACAGGGUUCGGAUUACACUUGUCAAUGGACAGUACAAGGUGAGUUUAUGCAGGCAUCUGAACGGAAGUCACUGUUCCAUACGGAACAGACAACUUAUGAUAAUAUACCACCAAACGCCUGCUACAACUACAUGUUCGAAUUUGAGGACCUAAACCAAUACACAGUUUCGGUGAGCUGUACCAACGGUCUUGGCUCGGAGAGCAGUUUCACAAAAAUUAUUGCUAGAGAACGAAUACAGAAUGUCAAUUUCGAACAAACGGGAGCACUUGUUGGUCAGUCCUUUUACUUAGCAUUCACAUGGGGAAGUGGUAGUACCGAUCUAACCUACUCCCUUACUUUCAACAAUACACAACCGUCCCUUGUAAAGGACUCCUUUGCGAACAGAGUAAGGACUGUGGUGACGUAUCCUGGAGAGACUGACACUUCUAAGGUAUACCCUGUUGUUCUAGUAAUGACUAACGAUGUAUCUCAACUCACGAUUAACUUCAAUUUUGGAAUAGAAACCCAGAUUAUAAAUCCGUCCGUUACUCCCGACUUUACACUUAAUCAAGAUGGGGUUGUUGUUAAGUCUAAAGGUGAAUCUGUUAGUUUUUCUGUCACGAUGGAUUCUGGCACUAACCCUAACGUUCACAUCGACUUCGGUGAUUCAUCAGCUAAUGUAACUAUGCCUACUACUUCGACCUGGUCAGGAACUCCAUUUGUUGGCAGUCAUACCUACACUACUUUGGGUGAUUUCACUGUGACAGUACGUGUGUACAAUACAUACAACAUGUUUGUAUUCACAUAUAGAGUGCUCGUUGUGAAGAGAGUGGAAAACUUGGCAGUUAAUGUGAAUGCUCCACAGAUUUUAUUUAAUCCUGCGGUGUUUGCGGAAUUCACAUUCAUACAGACCGUGAUAGAGGACGCACCGAAUAUGGGAACUGUGGUGAUGGAUGACGGUAGUGGAUACCCAGCAGUGGAGGCAACGUUUGCUGUCAAUACACCAAUAUCCUUUCCGUUCUAUAGGAAUGGAGAUUUUGUUGUGACAUUUAACAUUACGAACCCACAGAACUCUCUCAUUUUGACUAAGAGUGUACAGGUGGUAGAGAUAAUUGGCACCAUUACGAUAACACCUCAAGGUUAUCCUCAUGCUCCUAUUGGGGAAUUAAUCAGCGUCGAUGUCACACUCGCACGUGGAGACUCUGGGAUUGACCUUCAGCUUUCAUUCGAUCCUGGGAACGGUGACGCGCCAACAACCAAAAACAGAGCAGGUAUCAGCCCUAAAGGCAAGGACACAUUCACAGCCACCUAUACAGCAGUAGGUAAUUACACAAUCACAGUGCAAGCGACAAGCCGGAUGGAAACAAAGACACAAACCUACGAGAUAGUUUGCCAGACCAAGGUCACCGAUAACUUUGUUCUCGUCACUGCUCACCCUCAGGAGUUUCCAACUAGUAUAGUGCUGCAGUUCCAGUAUAAUGAUGACGCACCAACUGAUGCGGUAUACACGAUUGACAAUGGAGACGGUACCACGGUCGGUCCAGCCGCUCUCAGUAGCUUGGUGGUACAUAAAGGCAUUCCUGUGGAUAUUACUACAACGUACACGUUUGAUGGCGAUUUCUAUACAACGAUCACCGUUUCCAAUCUUGUUUCCAGUUUUUCCCGCACAAUCAAUAGCGGGGUGUAUUUACCCUUCCAAGGCCUAGCUGUACAAACAAGGUAUAAGCCUGUUGUUGGAAAUGACGCGGAAGGAUUCGGGGUAUCAAAGAACACGUUCCCUGCUGGAGCAGUCAAGUUUUAUAUGAGUAGCACCCAAGGAACGUUCGUAUAUUACGAUGUCAGAAAGACAUCCAGUGGUACCAUUCAAGUCUGCAAUAUAACAACCAAAGACGUGUUUGAACUCAAUUUCACAAGUGGGACAUACAACAUUGAUAUCACAGCAAUGAACUACAUACCAUCUCACCAGCAAACAGUUUCUACUACAGUCAUUAUUCAAGAAGCCGUGGAAAUUGCCAGCGUUUCUCAUGAUGGAGAAACGACGGCUGUAGGUAGUGUUAAGACAAUGGACAUCAACUUUAAUGAUGUAGGAGAUCUUACAUGUGUACACAUUGAUCUGGAUGACGGCAAUUUUACUAUACUUGGCCAUUCCUCUACUUGUUCUACAAGGUAUAACGCCUCUAUGUUGUCAAGCUACCACCAAAGUACGCCAUUAACAUCAGUAACUACAAUAACCCACACCUACCAUCAUGCCAGUCUUUUCACGGUAACGGUAACUGCUUUUAAUGACGUUUCCGAGUCUUUGGGCACAUUAGUGCAUGUCGUGGCUGCCACUAUGUGUUCACUCCCACAGCUAAGUAUCAAAUCACCAGGACUCUCUUCUGAUAUCCAUGCACCUGUUAAAUUUAGAAGGAGCGAAAUCAUUGCCUUGCUAGGAGAAACGAUAAUAAAUUGUUCUGAAACAUUAAAUAACCAGAAAGAAUGGUUGAUCGUUGCGGUUGAUGACUAUGGAAAUACACAGAGAACAAUUGAUGUUACAAGUAUACUUUCCUAUAAUACAUCUGAAUUGGUACUGACGAAGAACUUUCUAGAUUUGGGUGAUUAUAAAGUCAGUUACAAGCUUACCAUGUUGCCAGAGUCUAGCACUGUGCCUUUUGUUACGUCUGUCCAUACGUAUAUUCGAGUGGAGGCUUCACCGUUGGUGGCCGUGCUGUUCCCCGGCGGAAUGUCUAGGAUGCAAGCACAGUAUGGGCGGAUCCUAACUCUUGACCCUGGCACUCUUUCCUUUGACCCAGAUGUACCUUCCGGACAACCAUCGGAAUUCUCUAGCUGCAACUGGUGGUGUAGAAAGUUGCCUGGCAGUUUCGAUGAGGGAUUUGAGUCGUUUCCAUUGUCUAGUGCACAAGUGGCGACAGCGACAGACAAUGGUGGUUGUUUCCGACAGGGCAAUGGUAGGAUUGCUACUAAUGCUUUGCAGUUGGAGUUUAACACCGAUAACAUGCAUGUUGGAGAUGUUUACGAGUUUAAGAUCAUUGUGUACAAGGAUGAUGGGCGUCAGGCUGAAGCUCGGGGAGAGUUAGAAGUGACCGAUUUCUUACCGCCAGUAAUUGUACCCAGAUGUUGUGCUGCUUCCGAGUGUACACAGUUACCUGGCGGUGUCGAAGUUUCGGCUACAACGAAGUUGUCACUGUGCGCGGACUGUCAGGCCAACUGCCAACUCGUAUCCUCAUAUAAAUGGACACUGUCACAGGAGCAGUUCCAGUGGGGCUGGGAGCCGAUCCCGUAUAGCUUGAUUGCGCAGUACAUCAACGGACUUCUUGCCGAUUCGUCUGAACUGAUAAGUUUCAAAGAGGGCAUUUUCAACACAGUUGCGACUUCAAACCCUAUGCGUAUCUCGUUGACAACGACCUUGACUAACGGAAACACAUCAUCAAUGUCCCUAGACAUCAUAGUAAAUAAACCCCCUGCUAAUGGAACUUGUACUGUUAGUCCUGGAACAGGCCAGGUGACUACCACUAUGUUCACGUUAACAUGCCAAGAUUGGGUAGACGUUGAUGGUAUCGCACGGUAUGCUUUCUACGUGAAGACAAGUGGAAGUCAAAAAGAGGUAAUGCUCGGAUAUGGGUCGGAGCCCGAGUAUAGUUGUAACUUCCCUCUGGGUCCCUCGUAUGAUAAUUAUAAUCUACAUACCUGGGUCCGCAUCACCGACACAAAGGGAGCGUCUGCUGAGGUGUACAUUGGAGUUGUCACAGUAAAUCCUCUGAGCGCCGAUGAUUUAGAGGCGAGAUUGAUCGCACUCAACUCCGGCGAUAACGACGAGAUUGAUCAGGUGUAUGCUAGACAAGACGUGAAUGAAGUGUGUUCUAUGGUAUCUGAAUUGGGCAGUUUGGUCAGCCAGCAGAGUAAGGCGACGUUAGCAGAAUUUGGAGAGAACUAUCCUGCUGCGUUCGGCACACCAAACUACAAUGACCCGGGAAAUGAAAAUCCACAAAAGCUGGACCCAAAUAAUCCAAUCAACGAGACGAUCCAAGCAGAAGCGGACAGGAAACGGAAUGAAGGAGCUAAGAUUAUUACUCAAGCUGUCAAUAACUUGAAAGAUCUACCUCUCCGUUCAACGGAGUCAAUCCUGUUGGCAUCGUCUGUAGCUGUUUCUAUUGCCGAGGAAACACCAGAGUGUUUACCCAGAGAAUCACAGAUUGGGUUAGCAGAUUUCGCAGUGAAGGCGGUAGACACCUUGCAGAAUUUAAUCGAUCAAGAUGUUCCCGUUACCAUUGAAGAACGGAAAGACAUAGCUGGCGUUGUUGUUGGCAUUUUGUUUGCGACUAGAGCGGCUUCUACCAUCAAUUACGCUCACCCAACUCAGAUGGACAUCGACAAUGUCAUUGGAACUGAGGAUUAUAACACGGAUUAUGAUGCUCCUAGUAAACCAAUGCCAGCUGAUAUCGAUGAUCCUGAGGAGGCCUUUGCUAAACUACUAUUUUUCACAAAUGAGGAUAGACAAAGUGGAGUGGCAUCACUACUCGAAAGUAAAACAAGUGACACUGAAAAGAAGAUAGAUACUCUGAUGUUUGAUGGACUUAAUCCGAAAGAUGACCCGAUCGUUUUUGAAUCAAGUACCUAUGCGGUCAGUUACGAGAAAAACAGUUUGGAAAAUCUUUCUGGAAAAAAAAUAUCUCUUGGAGGUGCAGAAUUCGUGCCUCCAGACUACAGUAGAAUAUUUCCUAAUAUGCCGAGCUCGACAGCACUUUCUGUAAAGGCUUCAUCGUCCGUAUUUAAGGUACCAGGUUUAAUUGCUGGAUCGGAGCCACAAAACCAUGAAAUCGGCACGAUUUCCAUUAGUUUAUACGACGAUAAUAACCAGGAACUUAGCGUUACAAACGUCAAGGACCGGUUUGAAAUAUUUAUACCAAGAGAUCCGUCCGCGUACAACCCGCCAGCAGUCAAUCAAACGCCAUUCAUCCAGCCCGGCAACGACUUCGCUUUUUUCUUCAUCACGGUCUCAAAGGAACGUGCUGCAGUGCAAGCCGUUUUUGACUUUACGGAAUCUGAACAACUUCUUGUAGUGGUCCGAGCCGGUGGAUUUCCAAACAUCACAACAGGAGAAGUGGAUCACGUCUGUUUAGUUCCUCAAACAUAUGGACAAACAGAUGAGACAUCAAUGACGUGUUCAAUCACCACUGACAUGCUAGGAGGGUUUAAAGGAAAGCUAUAUUUUGGAGUUCGCCAAUUAUUACCGGCGGAACGUGAUAAAUACCGCUUCAAGGCAGACAUUCCGAAGGAUUUCUCUAACGUGGCUUCAAACUUUACUUUUAAUUACACCUUAUCAGUCAGUCAGUCCAACUGUUUGUAUGUUAACACCACAACUAACAGAUGGGAAACAAAUGGCUGUUCAGCUACUGAGAAAACGAAUAAGAGGGGGGUCAAUUGCUUGUGUUCUCAUCUGACAACGUUCACGGGAGACUGGGCAGUAGCUCCAAACACUAUAGACUGGAACUUUGUCUUCUCUAACAUGGACUUCUUCAAGAAUCCUACCCUGUAUAUAACAGAAAUGGUCAUAGCCGCCGUGUAUAUAGUGGCUGUGAUCUGGGCCAGAAGACAGGACAAAAAGGAUGUUGAGAAGUUGGGACUAACACCUCUCAUUGACAAUGACGUGGCCGAUAAGUACUACUAUGAAAUUGUCGUUGUGACUGGCAUGCGCAGGAAUGCUGGUACCAAUUCAAAGGUAAACUUCAUACUGUCUGGAGAUCUUGAUGAGACGGAGGUGCGAUGUUUGAAUGACAGCAAACGUAAAGUAUUCCAGCGCGGAAACGUGGAUGGCUUCCUAAUGGCUGUGAAACGUCCUCUUGGCCCUCUAAACUACUUGCAUAUUUGGCACGACAACUCCGGCAAGGGUAACACAGCGUCAUGGUAUAUGAACACCAUGGUGGUACGAGACGUACAAACGGAUGAAAAGUACAUAUUUAUUAACAAUAAGUGGUUUGCUGUGGAGGAAGGCGACGGAAUGAUUGAUCGAAUCAUCGCCGUAGCCGGGAAGGAACAAAUGACAGAGUUCGGGCACCUGUUCACUGAAAAGACUACAAAGAAUCUCAAUGAUGGUCAUUUGUGGUUUUCGGUGGUAGCUCGACCACCGCAGAGCCGUUUCACGCGUGUCCAGCGUGUAUCCUGCUGUCUCUGUCUCCUUUAUGUUACCAUGCUGUCCAAUGCCAUGUUUUAUGAAAACAGUGCUGCUGAAUCUGGAAACUCAUUUACGUUUGGUCCUUUCAGCCUAUCGCCUACUCAAGUCUAUAUUGGUGUAGUCUGCAACCUGAUCGUGUUUCCAGUUAAUUUCCUGCUCGUGUACCUAUUCCGACGUUCAAGGCCACGGAGCAAAAGGCCGUCAAGAGUAGAAGAAGCCAUCAAAAAUAGUUCGCAAACAACAGCAUCAAUGACAGAUGUCAACCCCAGAUUAAAGAGUGCCGCCAACACCUCGGGAGUAAGCUCAUCCAUGCUGAUAGAGAGUGGGAAACGCCCAGAUACGUCCAUGACACGUGCUUAUACGUCUUUAUCUGUCGCUGAUGUAUCAAAUAAAGGCAAGAAAAAGAAGAAAAAGAUGGAGUUUCCUUGGUUCUUUACAAUCAUUGCUUGGAUUAUUUUAUGGUUAACUGUCCUGGUUUCUGCCGCAUUCGUCACUUUCUAUGGUGUAAUGUUCCAAGACGUUAAAUGCAAGCAAUGGAUUACGUCCAUGUUGAUAUCUUUCUUCGCCUCAGUUUUCAUCACACAGCCUAUCAAGGUGUUUGCUGUUGCUAUACUCUUCUCACUCAUCAUCAAGAACCCCGGUGGAGACGAGGAGGAAGAUGCUGAAGACGAAGAAAAACCGAAGAACCUUGCUAAUGACGAAGAAUAUUUACACAUGGACGAUUUUGGUACGGGAGUCACAAAACCGAAAAAGGCGUCAUACGUACCUGCUGAUAAUCAACUUCUUGACAAGGCACGGGAAGUGCGCUUGAAAGAAAUCAAGAUGUGGGCGGUGAUAAGGGAAAUAAUUUUUUAUUCCUUUUUUGUUUGGAUACUCAUGGUUAUUAGCUACCAAAACCGAAAUACCGACUCGUACCUUUACAAGUUCAGCAUGGAACAAGUCUUCAUCAUCACGAAUGACACCAAUCAUAAGUUCGAAAAGAUUACAAAUGUGCAGAACUUUUGGACAUGGGCAAAGACUGGAAUGGCUACUGGAAUACGAGCUAACAAAUGGUACAACGAUGAUCAUCCUCUAUUUCUAAGAGGAUAUAUUAACGACAAAGUGUCCCGAUUAAUGGGCUACGCUACUAUGAGACAGUUGCGCACCAAAAAAGAUACGUGUCGUAUUGCCGACGACAUAGCCAAAGUGAUACCGGAAUGCAAUGGUGAAUAUACUAUCAUGGAACAAGAUGAGGAAGAGUACCAAGUUGGCUGGAGGAAGAUGUAUGGCAACUCAUCUGACGAAACAAGAGAAGAAUACAGGUAUACUUCAGCUGCGGAACUCGAUGGUUUUCCAUAUUGGGGUCAGAUGGCUAUGUACGCUGGAGGUGGUUACCUGGUCAGGCUUAAGGGAUCGUCACAUUCAAUCUCCAAGAAAAUGGCACAAUUAGAAAGCGAGGGAUGGAUCGACAAGUAUACCAGGGCAAUUUUUGUCGAAUUUACAGUCUACAACCCUGGUGUGAAUCUAUUUUCUAUAUCAACAUUACUUGCAGAAUUCCGACCAAGUAAUGGAAUUUUUCCAUCGUACCGAUUCGAACCUGCCACACUCCUCCCUUACAUGAACUCAGUUAUGUUGUUCCAGCUUGCUUGUGAAGUCAUAUAUCUCCUUUUCACUCUUUACUUUGUCAUUCGUGAAACACGAGGUAUCAUACGAGAGAAAGCAAAAUAUUUCAAACAGUUUUGGAAUUUGAUAGAAUUUGGAAUUUGCGGGAUGUCUGUCACCGCAGUUGUUUUGUACUUCUAUCGCCUGAUCAUCACAAAUAAGCUUACUGAACGAUUUAAAGAAACCCAUGGAAAUGAGUACAUGAAGUUCCAGUAUGUAGGAUAUUGGAGUGAAAUAUUCAGCUAUAUCAUAGGAUGGCUGGUAUUCUUUGGUACACUCAAGUUUUUGAAGUUAUUGCGAUUCAACAAGAAGAUGUCUUUGCUGGCUUCCACCUUGAAAAAUUCAUGCAAAGAUCUAAUGCAUUUUAGCAUUAUUUUUAACAUUGUGUUCCUGGCAUUUAUUCAAUUCUUCUAUCUGAUCUAUGUGGCACAUAUCAGAUCGUUCAGCACGUUCAUCACAGCUUUGGAGUCCGGAAUUGUCAUGAUGAUGGGGAAAUUUGAAAUCUACAGCAUGUUAAGAGUUAAUCCUGUAAUCACUCAGAUCUCUCUGUUUCUGUAUGUUGUGGCGAUAACAUUUAUUGUUGUCAAUAUGUUCUUGUCAAUCCUCAACGAGACAUUCAGUGCUGUGCGUUCCGACAUCGACAAGCAGAACAAUGAUUACGAAAUUGUUCAGUUCAUGCUCGAGCGGUUCAAGUUAUGGACUGGGAUCGGUACGGUUGACAAAAAUACAUUAAAGCCAGACGACGUCAGGAAAAUCAAAGAGGAAAGCAUGGCAGGCAAGAUCGAUGAAUUCCCAGACCGUAUCGACAGGCUCCUCAACUCGAUUUCCAACGUGUACAUGGAAAAGGACCGGAUCGACUCAAUAUUUGAAAUGAAUGCAAGAGGUGGAAAGAGCUUGGGUCUUACAAAAGGAGCUCUAGCGAGAAGUUCCUAUGCAAACAGGACACCGACUGGGAUGACCACAGUCCAUACUAACUGA